UUAUAAAAAGCUGUAACAUAAAAAUCGACUUAAAUUUUGCUGAAUUUUUUCGGCAAUGUCGCCGAACGCUCGAAAUUAUAAAAAAAAUAUGAUAUAUAUCCAGACAACAUAUAUUUAUUUGUGAUAUAUCUCAUGUUCCCUUUUUUCCCGAAAAUCGUAACUAUAUAAAGCGAAGAAUAUGGUACAGUCAGACUAUUUACAGUCGAUGACUUGUAUGACAAACUUGAUUCUUGUACUAAUCGUAAUAAUUUUAUUAUCGUCGUCAUCAACGAUUCACGGCGAUUAUGUCUCGAUGUCUGACAUCAUGCCAGAAGCGAUUAUUCGCCCAUGGUAAAAGAGAAAAUUACAUGUCUGCAACAAAAAAUUUGCGAUCAAAAUAUGGCAGCGAACGACAAGAUAGAAUGAUAUCAACAGGGAAGAGACGGCAAAGUUUAACAUUAGCUACUGCGUGGGGAGAACCAUACCUGGGUAAAAGUGUACUGCAACAAGCGACGCCGGUAAGGAAGUUUCAUCCCGAAACCCAUUUUAAAAUGGCAGUAAAAAGUCAAGGAAAUGUAGCGGUAAAGACUGACGAUUCACGCGUAGACGUUCAAAACAGGAGGAGAUCUAGUCAAGCAGCUACAUUGUCUACAGAAAAUGUGUCGAGGUGUCCAUUUCACGCCGUAUUUGGUCAGAAACGUGCUGCUUAUGGCGAACACGACUUAUCCGCAGCACAACAUGUAAACAGUCGCGGAGAUGUGAUCUCGCAGCCGGCAGACUCUUCGUCCGAGACAAUUGUCACUUCCAUGAAACAACUUAUAACAACAUAUCACGACACGAAGAGAAAUGGGAGAAAACGGCUCCUAAAUUUUCUCAAAAACUUUAGCAAAACUGACUACGGCACGACGGUGUCAUCAAACACGAGAGCGUAUUCUGACAUACCUGGCCCGCGCGGUUUACCGUUGCUUGGGUCCGUUCUCGAUUACACCUUUCUGGGACCAUUUUCACCGCGACAGUUUCACAAGGCUCUUCUUUCUCGUCAUUCAAAAUUUGGAAAAAUUUUUCGAGAGAAGUUCUUGUCGGAAGAGUUUGUUUAUAUCUCAGAUCCAAGCGAUGUAGAAGUUUUAAUACACAAUGAAGGUGCGGCACCAUGUCGUCCACACAUAGACGCCAUCGUUGAAAGCAGAAAACAAGGUGGUUAUCCGGUCGGAAUUACCGCUCUACAAGGAGAGGAAUGGGGUAAACUUCGAGGAGCAGUAAACUCGGCUGUCAUGAGACCAAAUAUUGUCCGAACAUAUUUACCCGCCCAAAAAAAAGUUGCUGAUGAUUUCAUCGACUUCAUACAAACAGAAAAAUCGACAAAAACAGGAGAAAUAAAAGAUUUUGAAGUUUGGUUGAAUAGAUGGGCGCUCGAAUCAGUGGCAGUGAUCUUGCUUGAUACAAGGCUCGGAUUGAUAACCAAAGACGGGGAAAAGAAAGCUGAUCCAGUGGCAGAGAGAUUACGAAAAGCCAUGGAUAUAUUUUUUGAUUACGGUGCCAGAUUAACAUUCAGCGCCCCUGUAUGGAAAUUGUGGAAAACAAGAGAUUGGAAGAUUUUUUGUCAGUCCCAAAAAGAUGAAUUUGAAGCUGCAGGCCAUUAUGUAGAUAAGAAACUAAAAGAAAUAGAAAGCUCAAAAAAUUGUCAAUCGACAUCUACGACAUCUUCCAAUCCUUCAAAGGCUCUUAGUUUCUUGGAGCAUUUACUGGAAAAAUCUGACUUAAAACGCGACGAAUCUUUAACAUUAUGUCUUGAACUGUUGGCCGGAGGAAUCGACACCAGUUCAAAUGCUGUAACGUUCACACUUUAUGAACUUUCCCGAAACAAAAAUUGUCAAGAAAAACUUCGACAGCUCAUCUUUGAAGAUGAGAAGAAUGGACUUUCCGGUACAAAUACAAAAAGCGCAAGGUACUUGAGAGCUUGUGUUGUAGAAGCGUUGCGUCUUCAUCCGUUAACCUACGUCAACAUGCGUAAAACAAAUCGGGAUAUUGUCCUCUCAGGGUAUCAAAUACCAUCUGGCACAACUGUUCGAUAUACGCCACAUCUCAUGCAUCUGAAGACUGAGGACUAUUUUCCAAAAGCGGAAGAAUACAUUCCAGAUCGUUGGGCUGAUCGAGCAUCAUCUGAGAGAUGUAAGAAGCAGUUUGUAUUCACGCCAUUUGGUCAUGGUGCAAGACAAUGUCCUGGUCGCAGAAUUGCUGAACAAGAGUUUGAUUUGCUGAUUCGAGGUAUUCUGCAAAACUUUCGGGUCGAAUAUCAUCACGAAGACAUGGGAGUUCAAGUUCGUUUAUUCAACUGCGCUGACAAGCCUGCUAAAUUUUCGUUCAUUUCACUCAAUGAAAAUUGAAGUAUUCUGACAUUAUGACAAGUUCAUCACGAUCAUCGAAACAGAAUGUUCAUAAAAAACAUGUUCACGAUACCGGGGAACGACUUUUUGACCUAUUUUCCAACUAUGUUUGCCAUGCUAUGCUACUUUUUCAUUGAUAUGUGCAUAAUUUUCUGCAGAACGUACGAGGUAUCAAUCUAUGAACUUCUUUUUUAAUUUUACGAAUUUAAUUUUACGAUUAAAGGCAGCAGGUAUAUUGUUUCAAACCAGCUUGCUGUGGUUCUGAGGUACGCCUAAAUUCAUGUUAUUAGUUUUGUUUACUCAAUUUUAACGGUAUUAUCGUUUUGCCUGUGGUUACUGUAUUGCGUCGUUUCUUCAAUUCACUGCUUCUUUAUGUUACGCAUUAUAUUUGCCUUUUUUAGUAUUUAUUCUCGUUUUUUAAAUGUUUUAACUUAUUCAUAAAAUAAUUUAUUUCUUUUUACUUUUAUGCAAUUUAUUGAAAUUAAAUAUUAUGAAAAAUAAACACGCAAUUCUGGCUUUUUUGGAAAUAAUGAGCUGAAUUCAUGAUUAGAUAAUUUCUUGAAAACCUAGAGAACUGGAAAUCGCUUGUUUGGGUUGUCAUAUCGUAUUAUUAACUUAUAGAUAUAUAUCAUUUAGCAAAAAAUGCGUAAUUUCGCAACUAUAUUUCGCACGAUUGAUUUCACUUUGCAACCAAUAUUUCCGACCUCACCUACUUUUGAUAAACAAGUGUACAUAACCAAAACCUGUGACACAUUGUCGUUACGUAUUUGCACAGGUUUUUCUGAUUGAAAAAUAUCUACGAUAAACCCACUAUAACGUAUACUUCUUGGUGAAAACAUAUUUAUUUGGACUGGAAAAACAAGACUGAAUCACUCCAUUUUGCAAACACUUCUUGACUCAGAGUGCGUUUGUUAAAUUUAAAAAAAACUAAGUCAUAAGCAUGGAAUUUAUGUUUGGCCUAACAGCUCAAAUGCAUGUAUCACACGGUGAAAAAUAUUGCGUUGGAUUUUAGUGAUCGAGGGAAUAUAGAAAUGGAAAGUCGAUGAAAUUUCACUAUCGAACCAAUACUAAUAAAUCAUUUAAUGGAAACAAA